AUGUCUUCCGGCUUUACUAUCACAGUUACCAACAACGUGGGUUACGAUGUGGACAUCUUCAAUGUCUUCAGUCCCGUCUCCAAUCCCACCCCCGGCACGCCAGUGGCAUUGACCUACACAAAGUUGGCCACUGUACCAAACGGCGCCGUUGCCCAGCAGGUGCAAGGCGUGCCGGGUGGUAGCAGUCUGCAGGCGAUGAUUACAGGAAAUAUCGAAACCCUGAACGGCAACUACUACCAGCAGUUCCCAGCGGCCGUGAUGGGUGUUUCCCUUUUCGCAAUGACACUUGACUUCACUCUCACUAGUGAAAUGCUGCAAAACAUGGUGGACUCGUUCCAGUUCAUCAAGUACAUGCAAGCCAACCCAUCCUCGGCCCAGGCUAAAGGGUUCCGCACAGCACUAGCCCAGAAGACCCCCGAAGAUGCGAUCAACGCGUUUUUCCCAACCACUGCUAGUUUCCAGCAAUGCACUUACAGCACCUGGAAUACAGUAUUCACAUGGCAAACCCAGUUCACGAGCGCCUGGCAAGGCGGUCAGAGUACUCCGGUAGCGAUGCCAGGUGAUGGCACUAUGCAGGAGCAAAACAUAGGCACUGGCAACCUAUCCGUGUCCCUCAACCCGGUCUGGUUGAAUGUUGUCCAGACCAGCCACAAGACUGGGGAUGUCUACAACGUCAUUGGGGCUGCGUUUGCGGGCACUAUUAACAACGUGAACGUCGCUGGUAACAUCAACCAGCUUGUGGUCCCAAGCAUUCCGAGUACCUCGCCGACCUUUGGCAGCGUGAUGUCAUCUAUUUGUCAUUAUAGUGAUAAGCUUGGAUCCUUGAUAGGAAUCUUGACUGGAGUUGCGACGGUCUUGAUCAUGUUCAAGGAUAGCAAGGCGGCCGAGAAGCAGAGGAUCCUCGAUGCACAGAAAGAAGCCAAGACCGAGUCAGAAGCGAAAGAUAAAGAAGCCAAAAUCAAAGCGGAAUCCGACGCGAAAUUCCAGUCUGAGUUUAUCCAAGCGUCGCCAACUGUCGAGUUUCGGGCUUCUCAAGCGGUUGAUGGGUACAAGGAGGUAGCUGUGGCCGAUAAUGUCCAAAAGAACAUGAAGACUGUGCUAGGGGAAGGAGAGAAGCUGCAGCAGGAAUUGACCGAUGAUCCUUCGAAUCCAGCAAUUGAGAAAACGGACGCUGAUCUCGGAGGCGCCGUUGAGGACCUUAUGAAAGCGGACAACCCUGGCACGAGUCUGGCCGAUGAUCAGGCAAUUUUGAAAAAUGUCGACAAGACUGUUGCGGACACAAGCGAGGAUCUGAAGACCGAGGUGCAAGACGCGAACAAUACGGCUUCAAAGAGUGAGCAGACGGCGGAAAAAGGCGUCGAGAAGGUUGCUGAGGAUGUAAAGAACCAAGCUGAGGAAACCAAGGAGGUAAAGAAGAUGGAGGAGGCUGAGGCCGAAGCAAAAGUGUCUGAUCCGGUAGAUGGCAACGACUUUCGCAAUGAGAAGCGAGAAGGCGGAGGCGAGGGCGAGGGCAAGGGCGAGGGUCGUUCCAAACCAGUAUCAAGUCAGAUUAGGUUUAUUUCUUAUAUGCUCUUUGAAUACAUUUAUUAUGCCUCGCAGACCCAACUUGAACUGCCACGCCGUGAAUCCACAUUCCGUAUUAAACAAUCAUCUUGUUCCCAUAUUUAUCAUUGCGUCUUGACCUAA